AUGCCGCAACUUCCAUCUGUGUCUGAGCUCAUGGUGGGUGCCCACAUAACAUUUUUUGGCAACUCACCACACAACUCGCUGCUGCCUCAUCACCGGUUGUCAGGUCCUUCUGACACCACGCCUCGUCGUCUGGAGUCGUAUAUGCUGCCGCUGCUGCUGCUGCUGGUGAAGCUGGACGCAUCCACUCUGCCUCAACUGAAUUCCGUCAAUUUGCAGCCCAUACCCGCCAAUAUAGGCUCGGUACCUCGUCUUAAUCUGACCAACCUACCGCAUCUUCAUCGACUUUCUGGCCACAUUACGCCGCCAGCACCUUCGGGCCAAAAUGCGCUGAGCGUGUCGCCCCAUGGUAACACCGUAAUGUCGCAACCUGUGAGUGGAGCAUACGCCAUGGCGUCGGUGCCAUCGAUUUCCGUUGCAUCUGCCAAUGCGUCUGUCCGUACAACCCCGUCAUCUGCCCUUCCGCACACUGCUCCCCCAACCGCGGUGUCCGGGCAGGCCAAUUCAGGGCCAGAGGGAGCUGCAAAUACCGUCGCUGCAACUUCUGGUACUUUUAGUGCUCCAUCGUACAUGCCUGCGUCAGAUUACUUCAGCUACCGUGCCACAGGCAACGCAUCUGCCCACACAGCAACCGCAACCAAUGUGCCUCCGUUGCCUUACAACAUUUACAAACGCACCAACCUGAUUCUGCUGCUGCUUGACUCUAUUCUGCGUAUGCUGCUGGCGACCAACAUCGUCCAGCACGCUGAACAGUCGCCUGUUCCCCAACAGAAUAAUCGCCUGAGUCUGUUCUCUCACGAGUCGGCAAAUCAUGCUGUGCCCAUGUCUGCCUACCCUACGUCCAUGGGCCCCAUUUUGUAUACCCACAGCGGUGCACCCCUCGGAUACCCAUCGCACAUGGCUCCACAGGCGGCCGUGCGUGGUGCUACGUCUACGGGCAUGGCGGGCAUUACACCAGUUACAUUUGGCAUCCCACCUUUGGGCCAAGCUGUUUUAUAG